GAUUUCUUCAAAAACGGGAAGAGUAUAGCAUGGCUCAAGAAUCUCCCAAAAAUUCAGCAGCAGAAAUUCCAGUGACUAGUAAUGGAGAAGUUGAUGACUCUCGUGAACAUGGCUUUAAUAGGGAUUUGAAGCGUUCAUUACCAGCUGGACUUGGUCUCUCAGAAACCCAAAUUACAUCUCAUGGCUUUGACAAUACCAAAGAGGGGGUUAUUGAAGCAGGAGCAUUUCAAGGUUCCCAAGCACCACCAUUGCCAUCUGUUAUGUCUCCUAGCAGGGUUGCAGCUAGUCCACUGGCUCAGCAAGGAAGUGAUUUAAUUGUUCCUGCAGGUGGCCAGAGAACACAGACCAAAAGUGGACCAGUUAUUCUAGCAGAUGAAAUAAAAAAUCCUGCAAUGGAAAAGUUAGAGCUUGUUAGAAAAUGGAGUCUAAACACCUACAAGUGCACUCGGCAAAUUAUCUCUGAGAAGCUAGGCCGUGGAUCGAGAACUGUGGACCUUGAACUUGAAGCUCAGAUUGAUAUAUUAAGAGAUAACAAGAAAAAAUAUGAAAAUAUUUUACGACUGGCUCAGACAUUGUCAACCCAGCUUUUCCAGAUGGUGCACACCCAAAGGCAACUUGGAGAUGCAUUUGCUGACCUGAGUUUGAAGUCACUAGAACUACAUGAAGAAUUUGGCUAUAACGCAGAUACCCAGAAGCUACUGGCUAAAAAUGGAGAGACUCUUCUUGGAGCCAUUAAUUUUUUCAUUGCCAGUGUGAACACUUUGGUGAAUAAAACAAUUGAAGAUACAUUAAUGACUGUGAAACAAUAUGAAAGUGCCAGGAUUGAAUAUGAUGCAUAUCGCACUGAUUUGGAAGAACUGAAUCUUGGACCACGUGAUGCCAACACUCUGCCAAAGAUUGAACAGUCACAGCAUCUGUUUCAAGCACAUAAGGAAAAAUAUGAUAAAAUGCGUAAUGAUGUUUCUAUCAAGUUGAAAUUUCUAGAAGAAAAUAAGUAGCCUCUUUGGAAUCUUGUACACCUAGCCUACAGAAGUGGCUUACCCAAGCAGUGACCGAGCCAGACUGCCGGCUUCCCCGGGAACACUGAGUCUCUUGUCAUUUGAAAUCGGGAGGAGAGGAUCCAAGCUACAUUCUCAGUCCUCUGUAUCAGAUUUCGGAAGUGAGAACUCAAUCCCAAUCAGUCUUCUUCCCAAACCGUGUCAAAGCUGGAGGUGUUUUUUAGUCGGUCUCCGGCUGUAUGGCUUCCUGUCGACCAUCAUCAUGUCUUCUGAAGUGUUUCACUUGACUGGCCCAUGUGCACUUCCAGUUCACCAUAAAAUGGUGUGAUGUCUGGCCAUUCUCUUCACGUGCCCUUACCUACUGCUUCAAAGAGCUUGAGUCUCUUCUGGUGGAUUCCCUUCUGGAUUCUAGAAGCCUCUUGAGGGCAGAACCAUUCUGAGCGUUUGUGUAGCUCUCCCUGUGCCUUGCACACGAAAGGCAUUCAGUAUUGUCAAUAAUGAGGAUUCUCAUUGCUGGAGCCUCUAGCUUUGAAGGAUGAGGCCCACUGGGUGCCAUCUGCUGGUGAUGAGGACCAAGUUUAGUUGGCAGACACCAUGACUAACAACCAUUGUCAGAGUCCUAAUGGUACCUACUACAAGAUAUGAAGAUUAAUACAACAGCCCUGCCCUCAAACUUUCUGAUUUAAUGGGGAGAAAGUCUAUGCAAAUCCUGGGAUUGAAUGGUGUGGGGAGGGCAGGGACCAGUAUGCUGAACAUGCUAUUUGCAGUUGAGUGUGCAAGCAGCCAGCCUUCAGCUCCAAAUUGGAAUGUCUUGUGCGUAGGUGCGUGUGUGCUGGGUGCAGAAGAGUGCAGUUUACCACCCUACCAUCACAGCUUGGUCAUUGGAAAUGGUCUAAUCUAAACCUCACAUAAAUCAAAUCCUAAAUAUUAGUACAGUAUUAUUUCUUUGUAGGCUUUGAAUCUUAACCCUUCUUUUCCAGACCAGUCAUUUAAAAAAAAGCUCAGUUCCUUUUUACCAACUAGCCCUAGAGUGUAUUUGGACAAAGAGGCAGAAUUUAUCUGUAUCUUCCAGGUUAUCAGGGGAGAGUUGUUGGUCAGAAGAUUUAGCAGUUUAAUAUAUGACCUUACGGUGUGACCAUCUGAACGUCAACCUGUGUGCUCCCAUUUUUGAGAAGGAAAAAAUUUAAGAAAUUAUUAACUAGCUACCUAGCGUUCAAACGUGUGGGUUAUAAGUAGGCAUCACCAGGACUGGGGUGCAUGAGUGUUUCAUGGUCACAAGGAACGGGGGUUGAAUCUGCAAAAGUAGCUUUCUGGGAAUUUGAAUAUGAUUCUGGUAAAGUCCUUUAUUGCAGCUUCGAUUAUCGCAGCCUGAUGAAGAAGAAAUCAGCUUAUUUUCAUAGGGAAGGGAAGACACAUGCAAAAAAAACCUUUGUUGGUAAUCUCAAGAGCUUUGGCUAAAGUAGAACAUGUGACUUUUAUUAAAAACCCAGAUGCCACGGCACCUGGCUGGUUCAGUUAGUGGAGCGUGAAACUCUUGAUCUUGGGGUCGUGAGUUCGAGCCCCACGUUGGGUGCAGAGGUUACUUUAAAAAUUAAUUUUAAAAAGUUUAUUAAAAAUCUGGAUGCCAAUAAAAAUUUGGGAGUGAGUCAUAAUCUUCGUUGCUCCCCCUUAUCUUUUGUGCUCCCCACCCCCAUCUCUGCUCCAGCCUUCUGAAUUAGCCCCUCUGAUGUCUUUAUGGUGACUACCCAGCCUAUCAUACAGGACAAAGGUCUUUGAGCCAUCAAGUGACUUCUGUAGACUCUGUACCAUGAGCAUGAGGAUCACAAGGGACCCACUUUUUUAUGAGCUCCCGUUCAGUGAGGCUGUUGGGGUAGAAUUCCUUCCUCUGCCCUCCCUUCCAGUAGACAAGGUUUAACCUGAUUAUACCCAGCAGGCAAAAAGGCACCCUUGGAAAUUAGUCUCCUUAUUGAGACUGACUGUGAAGAGGGCAUGCUUGUAAAGGAAAGAAUGCAAAGCUAGAAAAUAUGUUCCAAUCUUUGAUAAGGGGUAGGGGGUGAAGAGGGGAAAUGAAGAUGUGUGAACAUCUAGCAUUUUUUCUGCUUUCCCUUAUUUAUACUCCUUUCAAAGUUACAAAUGUGAUGUGUCAUUGUGACCCCAAACUUGGGGUAAAUAAGAAUCCACAGUGAGAUGGUAUUCAAUUUUCCCUGGAACGAGAAAUUGUCCCUUUGGGGGAUGGGGGGUGGGGGGGGACAAUUUCCAGCAUAAAGAUAAUUCCAUUGUACAGUGUAAAUUAGAGUCCUGUGUUCAGUUGUGUGCUUGCCCUACAUCCCCUCUCCCCCUGUGUAAAACAGACACCGGAGAGACAUUGCCCAUCAAUCACCCCACAGGAAGCACGACACAAUUUGAAACUCAAAAAUUCAGAAAUUCUCAUACCUGUUCCUUCAACAAAGGGAUGCAGUGGGGAGAGAACCCAGUGUUUUACUUCAGAAAUCAGCAACAUUUCAAGCAAAAUGAAGAGUAAUUUGCUCUUUUCUGGAGCCUGGUCCUAUAGAGAAAUAAUGUAGAUGUUCUACUCCAUGUUAUGGCUUAAUAUACAAUUUAACACACAAAAGUUGCUCAUAUGUACAAAAACACCAGAUAAAAGGAACUUAGAAAUGUGAGGGUAAUGUCUUUCAUUUAUUUUAAACUACAGGUGGCUGAAUGUUUGGUAUCACCUCUCUGAGUUAGAUUCAAUACAGUAGCCUCUUUCUUCGGGAGGGGGCCGGCAGUUAGGAGUGAAGAUGAAAAGAGAAGUCCAGGGUUUAACCCCAGUGCAGCCCUGUUCAGAGUUAGCCUGGUCAGGCCCACAAAGGGAUACAAACUGUGAGCUAAUUGUGAUGCUGAGUGUUUUGGCAGGGAUCCUCUUUGUGGCCAAGGCCCAUCAAAACUUGAAUAAUGGUGUUUCUACCACAAGGCUUACCCUCUUUCUCCAAAAAUGGUCCAUUUGAAUUAUUUCUAUGUAUCUGGCUUGAGAAAUACUAAGAUGCUAAUUGUUAUGCGCUGGUGUGAUGAUUUCCUAUCUUAUGGAAAGUAUUUGCCUUCUUAUUAAAAAUAGAAGCUUAGUGCAAAAGUAUUUGUUCAUAACUGGUCCUUAAACUAAGUACAAACUCAAUUUCCAAGAGGAGUAAAAAGGGCUUUACAAAUUGCUAAGUCACCAACAUGUCCUUUUGCCCACCUUUAUAUGCCCUACAAAGUCUUGUACAAGACGUGCAUAUAUUAUUUCCCCAGGGAACACACACACACACACACACACACACACACAUCCCACCACCAGCACCACAUACCAAUAUUGUUGAUUCAC